CUACUGGUGCAUAUGGUCUCUCAGUUGAUUGCUGAGUUUGGAACACUCAAGUUCGAAAGUUAAAUCGGAAGUAAACUUCGAAAGAAAGAUGCCUAAGCUAGUGCUAUACACUGUCCAUCUUAGUCCACCAUGCCGAGCAGUAGAACUAACUGCAAGAGCACUGGGAUUGGACCUGGAACGCAAGUUGAUGAACCUGCUGGCUGGAGACAAUCUAAAGCCAGAGUUCUUGAAGCUUAAUCCAAUGCAUACGAUCCCGGUGCUGGAUGAUAAUGGGAUAAUCAUCAGCGAAAGUCAUGCCAUCAUGAUUUAUCUGGUGCGAAAGUACGCCAAAGCUGAUACACUAUAUCCGUCCGAUAUUGUCCAGCAAGCUCGGGUCAACGCGGCCCUCCAUUUCGAAUCUGGAGUACUAUUUGCUCGGCUGCGCUUCAUUACGGAACUUGUGUUUUUCGCACGUAAAGCGGAAAUUCCCGAGGAUCGUAUCGAUUACGUGAGGAAGGCGUACCGACUUCUGGAGGAUUCUUUGCACGAUGACUUUGUUGCCGGACCGCAAAUGACUAUCGCUGAUUUUAGCUGCAUUUCGACAGUUGCCUCUACGGUUGGUUUUAUCCCAUUAGAUAGAUCGGAGUACCCGCGCACUAAUGCGUGGAUGGAACUUAUGAAACAGUUACCGUACUAUGAAGAACUCAAUGGCAUCGGUGCAACCGAGCUGGGACAAUUCGUAGUACAGAAGUUAGCUGAAAAUACGAAAGCAAAAGUUUAAAUCAAGUGAACGACGAACGCGCUAGUCAGUGAAAAUAGAUGCUUGUUUUCGCUUGGAAAAGUAAUUUAAUGCAAUGAAGCGUCAAAAACGAAAACCGGAAUUUUGUUCUUCGUUUAUAUUCCAUCACUAUCACCCACCAGCAAAAACCGGCAAAGCAUGCCUGAUUCACAAUAAAUACAAACACACUCGCAAAGUGCCCUUUA